AUGUUGGCGCUGCUGGCCGCUGGCGUGGCGCUCGCCGUGGCCGCCGGGGCCCAAGACGGCCCGGCGCCCGGCAACCGCUUCGUGUGCACUGCUUUGCCCCCGGAAGCGGCGCGCGCCGGCUGCCCACUGCCCGCGAUGCCCAUGCAGGGCGGCGCGCUGAGCCCCGAGGAGGAGCUGCGGGCCGCAGUGCUGCAGCUGCGUGAGACCGUCGUGCAGCAGAAGGAGACGCUGGGCUCGCAACGCGAGGCCAUUCGCGAGCUCACGGCCAAGCUGGGGCGCUGCGAGGGGCUUGCGGGGGGCAAGGCGCCGGGCCGGGCGGCCUCGGGCAAGGACACCAUGGGCGACCUGCCGCGGGACCCUGGCCACGUCGUGGAGCAGCUCAGCCGCUCUCUGCAGACCCUCAAGGACCGCCUGGAGAGCCUCGAGCACCAGCUCCGAGUGAACGUGUCCAGCGCGGCGCUGCCCGGCGACUUUCGGGAGGUGCUCCAGCGGCGGCUGGGGGAGCUGGAGAGGCAGCUCCUGAGCAAGGUGGCCGAGCUGGAGGAUGAGAAGUCCCUGCUCCACAAUGAGACCUCAGCUCACCGCCAGAAGACCGAGAGCGCGCUGAACUCGCUGCUGCAGAGGGUGACCGAGCUGGAGCGAGGCAACAGUGCUUUCAAGUCGCCUGAUGCCUUCAAAGUGUCCCUCCCCCUCCGCACGAACUACCUGUACGGCAAGAUCAAGAAGACACUGCCCGAGCUGUACGCCUUCACCAUCUGCCUGUGGCUGCGGUCCAGCGCCUCGCCGGGCAUCGGCACCCCGUUCUCUUACGCAGUGCCCGGGCAGGCCAACGAGAUCGUGCUAAUAGAGUGGGGCAACAACCCCAUUGAGCUGCUCAUCAACGACAAGGUCGCACAGCUGCCCCUGUUUGUCAGUGACGGCAAGUGGCACCACAUCUGUGUCACCUGGACAACGCGGGACGGCAUGUGGGAGGCCUUCCAGGAUGGGGAGAAGCUGGGCACCGGGGAGAACCUGGCCCCGUGGCACCCCAUCAAGCCGGGGGGUGUGCUGAUUCUCGGGCAGGAGCAGGACACGGUUGGGGGCAGGUUCGAUGCCACGCAGGCAUUCGUGGGGGAGCUCAGCCAGUUCAACAUAUGGGACCGCGUCCUUCGUGCACAAGAAAUCAUCAACAUCGCCAACUGCUCCACGAACAUGCCGGGCAACAUCAUCCCCUGGGUGGACAACAACGUGGACGUGUUUGGAGGGGCUUCAAAGUGGCCGGUGGAGACCUGCGAGGAGCGUCUCCUUGACUUGUAG